AUGUCGAAUGAAGACGAAAAAUCGCAGGUGUUUCAGGGCACCACCAGUGAAGAUGUCCGGCUGGAGAACCUGGGAUAUGAGCAAGAGCUCAAACGAAGUUUUGGUCUGAUGAGUAUGAUCGGGUUCAGCUUCAGCGUGGUGACAUCAUGGACGGCCCUCAGCGGUGUUUUUAUUGUUGGAGUGACAUCGGGCGGACCCCCGGUGAUGGUAUUUAGUUUCAUUGGGGUUAGCCUCCUGACUCUGGCAGUUGCAAUCCCAAUGGCAGAGAUGUGCUCGAUGUAUCCGGUGGCAGGAGGCCAGUAUUCCUGGGUUGCUGCACUCGCCCCUCCUCGGUUCGCUCGAGGCUUAUCCUACGUGACGGGCUGGUUCAUGCUGAUCGGCAUUCUGGCAAUGGGAGCAACAAACAACUACAUUGCCUCCAACUUCGUCCUAGGCAUGGCCAACAUAGUAUUCCCCGACUUCGUGAUCGAGCGAUGGCAGACUGUGCUGGUGGCCUACCUCACCGCCAUCGUUUCGACUGCCGUGAAUCUCUGGGGCUCGCAUCUGCUGCACCGAAUCUCGAAAUUCAUUCUAAUUUGGAACAUCGGCUCCUUCGUCGUCGUUGUAGUCACGCUUCUCGCCACUAACGACCAUAAACAGCCCGCAUCCUUUGUCUUCCAAGAUUUUCAGAACUCUUCAGGCUGGGGCACUGGCAUGGCUGCUAUCAUUGGGGUCCUGCAGGCCUGUUUUGGGAUGUGCUGCUACGAUGCCCCCUCCCACAUGACCGAAGAAAUGAAGUCCGCGUCGAAGGAAGCCCCCAAGGCUAUAGUUCUGGCGGUGAUCCUGGGUGGCGUCACUGGCUUCGCAUUUCUGCUGACCCUCUGCUUCUGCAUUGGUGACAUCAAGGAAACCGCCGAGAGCAGCACCGGCGUGCCCGUGAUCCAGAUCAUUUACGAUUCCACGGGUAACAAAGCCGCGACCUGUAUCUUGUCGAGUCUAAUCUGCGUGAUCGUCAUGGUGGCCGGGAAUAACAUCCUGGCCGAGGGGUCUCGUGCCGUUUACGCCUUUGCUCGGGACAACGGUCUACCUUUUUCGAAGCUCUUUAGCAAGGUCGAGGGCAAGAGCCAAGUUCCUGUGAAUGCAGUGCUCCUCACCUUGGCCGUGCAGCUGGCCCUCGAUGCUAUCGACUUUGGCACAACAACCGGUUUUGAGACCGUGAUCGCUAUCUCCACUGAAGGCUUCUAUUUGUCUUAUGCCAUGGCUCUCAUCAGCCGCUUGGCCGGGUAUUUCUCGGGCCAUGUUAUCAAGCUGGAUGGGCCCUAUGCAUUCUCGGCCCCGGUUUCAAUUGCACUGAAUAUCCUCGGGCUCUUGUUUCUGCUCUUCGCUUCCAUCACCUUCAACUUCCCAAGUACGUAUCCCGUGGGCAAGGACUCGAUGAAUUAUACCAGUGCUGCGAUCGGAGUCACUGGGCUUAUUAGCAUUGUCACCUGGAUCACUACCGGCCAGAAGCAUUUCACGGGCCCAGGCGCCGUCAGCUAUUUGAGAGGGGAGAAUUCUGCACCGGAGGACGGCAGAGCUGUUGGAACAGAGACUGAGAAAAAGAGCUGA